AUGAAACCCCGAUUGGGUCUUCCGGCUGAUCUUGAGGCGGUCACCAACGUCAUCAUCAACACGAUGCCGCUUGACCCACAAUGGGACUACCGCUUCCCGUAUCGGCAUCAAUACCCGGAAGAUCACUACAGGUACACUCGAAUGCUUUUCGAGUAUUUCCUCGACCCCGCAUAUGAUGACUGGGUGGUCAUGGUGGUCGAAGACACCGUGACCGAAGUGGAAGAACGGGGAGGCAAGACUCGUAAGGAUGCCAACCACGAGCACUUCAACGAGUUCUGGAAGGGUCAGAUCAGGGCAUACAAGAGAUUCUUUGGCUCGAUCGGCCCCGAGCAGAUCCACCUUCAGAUCCUGGCUACCCUUCCCGACUUCCAGCGUCGCGGUCAUGGGUCUUCGCUCUGCAAAUGGGCGAUGGGGCUGGUGAAGAGGGAUUCCCUCAACGACAUGUCCGUGAUGGCUAGCCCGAUGGGGAAUGAGCUCUACACAUGGUUGGGUUUUGAAAACGUGGGAGCUUUUCACAUCCAGGUUCCCGGCGAGAGCGAGCGGCUAUUGCUGCAUGCCAUGAUUUUCACGCUCAAAAUCAAAACCCGAAAGUGUGCUAAUGGCCAACUGAAGACGGGAUUCUAUACACAUUGUAACACCCUUACGCUACUCAUCUCCAUCCUCUCCCAGCUCCCCAUCGCCUCCCUCUUACCGCUGGUAUCAGUCAGCCGCCGCAUCUACUCAGUAACCCUCCGCAUAGUCCAGCAGCGCCUGAACCACGCCACCUCCCAGCCAGACCAGCGCCUGAUGCUCGAGUGCUACCACCCAAGCGAGAAGCUCUACACGCCCUACCUCUACUGCGACUACCUCUCCACGGACGGCUUCACCGGCGGCGGCCGCGGCUUAGCAGGCAUAUAUACGCACUUCCGGCCCGUGGAGCAGGACGAGGACAACAACCAACCGCGCCGCGCGACGCGGGGCUUCCGGCACCACGUCAGUAGCAGUAGCAGUGGACGGGAGCAGCGGCCGUCGACGGACGUCUACCUGGACGACGAUGAGUCCUUCGCGCAGCUGUGCGCCGUCACCAACCUCGUGCGCAUGGGCCCCAAGCCGGGCAUCUUCCGCAGCCACGUGAACGUGAGCGAGGGCGUGCUGCGCGUGUGGCGGGACUGGCUGGCUGCGCGGGUUGCGGGUGGGGUUGUGGAUGGAAGUGGAAGUGGAAGUGGAAGUGGAAGUGGAAGUGGAAGUGGAAGUGGAAGUGGAAGUGGGAGUGGGAGUGGAAGCGGAAGUGGAAGUGGUGAUGAUGACGUGCUCUGGGCCGACGCCUCGCGCGAUGUCGGGGUGCGGUUCCGGGUGACGGAGAAGGACAUCCGCGGUCAGCACCCCGUGCUUGUUGCGAGCGACGAGCAGCUGCCCGUGGCGUACCGGCUCGAGUUUGAGGAGCUGCUGGUGCGGGCCACCACGCUGCUCCUCAUGGUGGAGAAGUCGGAGGUGCAGGAGUUUGCUGCUGAAGGUAAAGCUAUCGUCCUUGCGUCGUUUUGA